AUGUCUGAGGUUGAAAAACUCGGAAAAAAUCUCAUUCGUCUUGUGCAGGAAGGGGCCGAGACGAGCAGGGUCAUCAACUCUGCAGAGCGUCUUCUCGCCCUAAGCUCGAAUCAUGUCAUGGCUCUGAGAUGUAAAGUCGUCUGCUGUAUGUUUAACGAGAAGUUUGGGACUGCCUUAGCGGUCCUAGAUCAGUUGGAUGACGUCUGUAGAAAGCAGAAUAAGUCAACCGUGGCAUUGCCAGAGCUGCUCUUUCAGCGUUACUACUGUCUGUAUCGCAUGCGGCGUUAUUCAGACGCGAAGGCGGGGUUGGAGGAGUCCAGUAAAGCCAAUUUGGGUGAGCACAUUCCCUCUUUACAUCUCCUUGCGCAGCUGUACUACAACCUAGGGAACCCGGAGGCUGCGGCAGAGGUGUAUGAAUCAUUACUCAAUAAUAAUGCCUAUCGUGAUCGGCAAGAAAAGUUAGAACUCCUAACUAAUUACACCGCUGCGCUAUGCGCAUUCAAGGCGCAUAGAGCUGUUGACGUAGUGCGGGACGCCGACGUGCGCAAUAGUGACUUAGUUUACAAUUCGGCGACAGCUUACAUUGAGGCACAGGAUUAUGACACCGCUUUCGUUACACUCCGGCAAGCAGAGUAUCUAUGCGUAAAGGAUCAGCAUCUGGAGAGUAGCAUUCAAACGCUAGACGAAGCCCUCGCACUCACCGAGGAGGAACAAGAUUUGGUUCUUGGCAGCGACGUAGGAGAGACGAAACUAACUCCCGAGCGCCGCUUCUUCAACAGUGUGGUAAAUAUUUGGAUCCAGAUGGCCUUCGUCUAUCACGCACAACGCCGCGAGAGUGAGGCCGCACGUAUCCUAGCGCUGAUAAUCCGAUGUCGACCGUCGUCGUCCGUGGCGGCUGCCCUUGCGGCGGUAAACUGGACUGCCAUCCAGAGGCACAGCAACUUUGUUGAUUCGUGCCGCAAGUUGCGUAGGGCCCAACAUGAGAAGGUGGCGAGCCGCCUCACACCGAAGCAGCUGCUUGGGGUGCACUACAACAUCGCCCUUUUGUAUCUCAACACAAACAGUGUAAACGGAUGCCACAAACUAGUGGAACGCCUCACACGGGAUUACCCAUGCAAUGCCCUUGCGCUUUCGUUGAAGCUCGCCUUGGCAGCACGAGAAAAUAAAAAGAAAAAGCUACGAAUAGAGACCCUCGUGCAGGAAUAUAUGGGCGACUCGGCUGCCAAUCUCAACUGUAAAGACUGCAUGACGGUGGCGAAAAGCAAAUCAAUGGCUCUCAUUGCAGCACAAAUUUUCCUAGAAUAUGGUGACUUGUCAAGUGCACUUGCGACUUUGCAAUAUCCGGCGGUAGCUGACAUUGCGGGCUCGCCUUCGGGGGUUAUCACCCGCGUGGCGUGGGCGGCACAACUUGGUGAUGUCUCAUGUGGGCUCUCAUUGCUGGGUAACGCACUUCAGACCUCAACAGCGUGUCGGGAUUACGCCAAGCCGCUGCUGAUACGCGCUUUGAACUCCCUUACUGCAGCUCAGCAACAGGGUCCAUCCCAUGCAUCUGUUUAUGAAGAGGUCGCACGUUUUUUACAACACAUUCAAAAUGAUGAAUCCCUAGGUCUUCAAAAAGAUCCAAAAUUGACGGUGUUGUUGGUCAAGUAUCUUCUACAAUACGACCUGAAGGCUGCUAAGAAAAAGAUGGCAGAAGUUGAGAAAACCUCUAUAGCUUCUUCAGCCAUCUCACCUCGCAGAGAAGACAUUCAGCGCAUCGAGGGCACACUUCCGAGCCGUGAAGCACUGGAAAAGCUUGGGUAUCGCCGCGUUAUGGCAUUUCAUGAAGUCAACCAACCACAUCAGUUAUCAUCUAGCGUGGAUGAAAAUAAUCCAGAACAGGGCCACACAUUGCGACAAAGAAAUCACAAACGUCGGAUUCGCCGCCCUGCAAAGGAUAUGAAUGGCAGACCUGAUCCUGAGCGCUGGAUCCCGAUGUCUAUGCGUUCCUAUAUCAAAGAUUUGCCUGAGCGCCGGAAGCGGGAGCUGAAGCGGUUAAGGGUGCUAGAGCAGGAACAGAUAAAGCGUCGUGUGGCGGAAAAGAAAAAAGCAGGAGUUGCUCCAACCUCUAAAACAUCUUAA